AAAAAAAUAAUGGAAGAAGAAAAUUGCUCCUCAGUGACUGAAUUCAUUUUCUUGGGAAUCACUAGUACUCCGGGGAUGAAAGUCACCCUGUUUACCAUGUUUCUACUUAUUUAUCUCAUUAACCUUCUGGCAAAUCUCGGAAUGAUUGUUUUAAUAAGAAUGGAUCCCCAGCUGCACACGCCCAUGUAUUUUUUCCUCAGUCACCUCUCUUUCUGUGACCUCUGCUAUUCCACAGCAAUUGGGCCCAAGAUGCUGGUGGACCUACUGGCCAAGAACAAGUCAAUCCCCUUCUAUGGCUGUGCUCUGCAAUUCCUGAUCUCCUGCACUUUUGCAGAUUCUGAGUGUCUACUGCUGGCAGUGAUGGCCUAUGAUCGGUACAAAGCCAUCAGCCACCCCUUGCUCUACACGGUCAGCAUGUCCAGCAGGCUGUGCUCCCUGCUCCUGGCUGGGGUUUACGUGGUGGGAAUGGCAGACGCUUUGAUACACACGACAUUAACAUUCCGCUUAUGCUUCUGUGGGUCUAAUGAGAUUAACCAUUUCUUCUGUGAUAUUCCUCCUCUUCUAUUGCUGUCUUGCUCAGAUACACAGAUUAAUGAGUUAGCAAUAUUCACUAUUUUUGGCUUCAUCGAACUGAGUUCCAUUUCCGGAGUCCUUGUCUCUUAUUGUUAUAUCAUCCUAUCAGUUUUGAAGAUCCACUCUGCUGAGGGGAGGUUCAAAGCUUUCUCCACCUGCACCUCCCACCUCACUGCAGUUGCAAUUUUCCAGGGAACCCUGCUCUUCAUGUAUUUCAGACCAAGUUCUUCCUAUUCUCUUGAUCAAGACAAAAUAACCUCAUUGUUUUACACCCUUGUGAUUCCCAUGUUAAAUCCUCUGAUUUACAGCCUACGGAACAAAGAUGUGAAAAAAACUCUAGAAAAAUUGAAAACUAAA